GUGACAAGAAUAACUAUGACCCAGCAGCAAUUGGAUUCUUUCCUGGAUUGAAGUUCAACUUCACACAGCUUCGCCGCUGAAUCUCGCCUACCCGGCUUUUUAAAGGAGGAAGAGGACGGUAAGGCAUAAAGAAGCAGCAGCUCUUGGUAGUCCGUCCUGUGUACAAUGGCCAGCCUCCUGAGAGUGGUAGUCAGCAGCUGCUCGAGCCCAGUCUUCAGCAGGCUGUCGGUAAAGGUGCAGACGGUGAAGACUCCUUCUUUGCGGUUAUUCCGAACCCACCAGGCCCUCAGCUGCCAGAGCACUGUUAGUCCAGGCAUUCCUUAUAAGCAGCUUACGAUUGGGGUCCCCAAGGAGAUCUUUCAGAAUGAGAAGCGAGUGGCCCUGUCCCCUGUUGGGGUUCAGGCUCUCAUUAAGCAGGGAUUCAAUGUGGUGGUGGAGUCGGGGGCGGGAGAAUCCUCCAAAUUCUCAGAUGAACAUUACAUUCAAGCCGGGGCCACCAUCAAAGGGACCAAGGAUGUUCUGGCUUCUGACCUAGUAGUCAAGGUGAGGGCUCCUAUCUUCAAUUCUGCACUUGGUGCCCAUGAGGUUGACCUUCUGAAGGAGUCUGCCACCCUGGUCAGCUUCAUCUACCCUGCACAGAACCCAGAGCUCAUUGAUAAACUUUCCCAGCGUAAGACCAAUGUGCUAGCAAUGGAUCAAGUACCCAGAGUCACCAUCGCACAGGGAUAUGAUGCCCUCAGCUCUAUGGCCAACAUUGCUGGUUACAAAGCUGUUAUUUUGGCAGCUAAUCAUUUUGGACGCUUUUUCACCGGUCAGAUUACAGCAGCUGGCAAAGUUCCCCCUGCUAAGGUUCUUAUUAUUGGAGGUGGUGUUGCUGGUUUGGCUUCAGCAGGUGCUGCCAAAGCCAUGGGUGCUAUUGUGAGAGGAUUUGAUACCAGAGCCGAUGCUUUGGAGCAGUUCAAGUCCCUGGGUGCGGAGCCACUGGCGGUGGAUAUAAAGGAGUCUGGGGAAGGUCAAGGGGGCUACGCUAAAGUAAUGUCCAAGGAGUUUAUCGAGGCAGAGAUGAAACUGUUUGCCAAACAAUGUCAGGAGGUGGACAUUGUAAUCAGCACAGCCCUCAUCCCUGGCAAGAAAGCCCCAAUUCUUUUCACUAGAGAGAUGAUCGAGAGUAUGAAGGACGGGUCAGUUGUGGUUGAUUUGGCUGCUGAGGCUGGAGGGAACUUUGAGACCACUGUGCCUGGGGAGCUAACUGUGCACAAGGGGGUGACUCACAUUGGUUACACAGACCUCCCAAGUAGGAUGUCCUCUCAGGCCAGCGCUCUGUAUUCCAACAACAUCAUCAAGCUGCUGAGGGCGAUCAGCCCCGACAAGGACAAUUUCUACUACAAUGUGAAGGAUGAAUUUGAUUUCGGUACCAUGGACCAUGUUAUUCGGGGCACAGUGGUAAUGAAGGAUGGGAAGUUCAUCUUCCCAGCUCCCCCUCCAAACAAUAUCCCUGUGGCUGCACCAGUGAAGCAGAAGUCUAUUCAAGAGCUGGCGGCUGAAAAGAAGGCCGCUGUUUCUCCUUUUACACAGACCUUGACAAGUGCUGGCAUUUACACUGGAGGUAUUGGUACUUUAAUAGGACUGGGCCUUGCUGCUCCUACUGCUGCCUUCACUCAAAUGGUGACAACCUUUGGUUUAGCUGGAAUUGUGGGCUACCACACAGUCUGGGGCGUCACUCCGGCCCUUCACUCUCCACUCAUGUCUGUCACCAAUGCCAUCUCGGGUUUGACAGCAGUUGGUGGGUUGUCUCUGAUGGGAGGAGGCCUGACCCCCACCUCUACUGCAGAGGUACUGGCUGUAAUGGCAGCCUUCAUCUCCUCGGUCAACAUAGCCGGUGGCUUUCUUGUCACCAAGAAGAUGCUGGAUAUGUUCAGGCGUCCCACUGACCCCCCUGAGCACCACUACCUGUACCUCCUGCCCGCUGGCGUUUUCGUGGGAGGAUAUGCUGCUGCACUCAAUUGCGGUUACAAAAUUGAGGAGAUGAUGUACCUAGGCUCUGGCUUGUGCUGUGUAGGAGCCCUGGCUGGCCUCUCCACCCAGAAGACUUCCCGACUUGGCAAUGCCCUGGGCAUGAUGGGCGUUGCUGGUGGUCUGGCGGCCACUCUUGGGGCUCUGAAGCCUUCCCCUGAACUCCUGGCUCAGAUGAGUGGCGCCAUGGCCGUUGGUGGCACUUUGGGACUGACUAUUGCAAAGCGAAUCCAGAUCUCAGACCUGCCUCAGCUGGUCGCUGCCUUCCACAGCUUGGUGGGGAUGGCUGCAGUCCUGACCUGCGUGGCAGAGUACAUGGUGGAAUACCCACAUUUCGCCACUGACCCAGCUGCCAACCUCACCAAAAUCGUAGCCUACUUGGGUACCUACAUCGGAGGAGUGACCUUCAGCGGCUCCCUCGUCGCUUAUGGGAAACUCCAGGGUCUCCUGAGCUCAUCACCUCUGAUGCUUCCCGGACGUCACUUCUUGAAUGCUGGGCUGAUGGCAGCAAGUGUGGGUGGAAUGAUCCCUUACAUGAUGGAUCCAAGCUACACCACUGGUAUCACCUGCCUGGGCUCUGUGUCUGCACUGUCUGCCAUCAUGGGUGUUACUCUGACUGCGGCAAUUGGGGGUGCUGACAUGCCUGUGGUGAUCACAGUGUUGAACAGCUACUCGGGCUGGGCUCUGUGUGCAGAGGGAUUCCUGCUCAAUAACAACCUGCUCACCAUCGUCGGGGCCCUCAUCGGGUCUUCCGGAGCCAUCCUCUCCUACAUCAUGUGUGUGGCUAUGAAUCGCUCUCUGGCUAAUGUAAUUCUUGGUGGCUACGGUACCUCCUCCACUGGCACUGGCAAACCCAUGGAAAUCACUGGAACCCACACAGAGAUCAACCUGGAUCAAACUGUUGAGAUGAUCAAAGAGGCCAACAGCAUCAUCAUCACUCCAGGUUAUGGUCUGUGUGCAGCAAAAGCUCAGUACCCCAUCGCUGAACUGGUAAAGAUGCUCCAAGAACAGGGCAAGAAAGUCCGGUAUGUAGCGCUUAGUUGUAUGAAAUAUAUCUUUUUCAAGAAGCAAUGUUUUGUUUUUAUGUGCAACAGCAGUGUAUUGACAGCAAAAAAUGAAACAUUAUCCAAAGUAGCAGAUGAUCAUAUGAUAAUGGCUCUUAAAUCUAUAAAGACCCUUUGA